CCCAUGUCGGUUUCUGAAGACGCCUUAGAAGAACGCUUUCGAGCUCGUGCAGCCAUGGGACGUGGUGGUCUCGAGACUGUACCAAUCAGCAGCGUCGCACAGCAGACUCGCGGCAACAUCCCAAACACACCGCUCGCCUCCUCCUUCAUUGCAUUUCUGCUCGGAAUCACCUUUGCUCUUGGAGCUACUCUUGUCGCGAUAAAUGGAGUUCCUCAGUCUGAUGUUCUGACCAGGCAACUGGGAUUCUUCGCUGCCAGCUGGGCACUUUUCCAUUGGCUGGAAUUCGGUGUUACCGCUGGAUGGAACCGUGAAAAGUGCAGUGUGGACUCGUAUCUUCUCGACAAUGGGGCAAUGUACCACAUUUCGAACGGAAUCGCCGUAUUAGAGUACGUUUUGACGGCUGCCUGGAACCCUUCCCUCAAAGCGUAUCCCUACGUCACUGAGAUCGGAAUGGUCUGGGUCGUUUUUGGACAAGUCCUCCGCUCGCUCGCCAUGAUCCAUGCCGCCACAAACUUCUCUCACACCGUCGCGUUUCAAAAGCGCUCCAACCAUAAAUUAGUGAGCGAUGGCGUUUAUGCCUGGUUCCGCCACCCCUCGUACGCUGGGUUCUGGUAUUGGGCGGUGGGGACCCAGUUGGUCCUUCAAAACCCAUUCAGCACCGUCUUCUUUGCUGUGGUUUUGUGGAGGUUCUUUUACUUGCGAACGCGAUCGGAAGAGGCAGCCUUGAUUCGCUUCUUCGGGGAUGAAUAUGUGCAAUACCGUGCUCGGGUCAAAGUGUGGAUACCGUUUAUACCCUAAUCUUAAAGGUAGGAUCUUAAUGUGAAUCGGUUUUGGAU